UAAUUCGCUUGACAAUCAAUCAAUCAAUCAAAUAAUGAUGUCAAAAGAUGUUGAACAUUCAAAUAAAACACGUGCAAUUGAAUCUGAAACAACACGUUUACGUUAUUUUCGUACAAAUAAUCGCGAUAUAAAAAUAUCAAAAUUGGACCCAAAACAAGGUAUACAACAAGAAAUUGACCAGGCAUUAGAAUAUCGUAAAAGUAAUCAAUUACGUAAUGAUCAUCAAAGAGAAUUACUAGACAAAGGAUAUCGGUUAAGAAACAUUAUUGGUUCCGGUUCGUAUGCACAUGUAUUUCGAGCAAAAGAUCUUCGGCAAUCAUGUGAUGUUGCCAUAAAAUUGAUUGAAUUGGAUAAAUGUUCUCGACAUUAUAAAGAUGUUUGUCUUCGUAAUGAAAUCUAUGUUAUACGGGAAUUAUCACAUGAAAAUAUUGUCCAUUUUUAUGAAGCAUUCAAUACAAGUUUAGCUUAUAUAAUGGUUAUGGAACUGGUAGAUGCUGGAACGUUUGCUGAUUUGCUUAAAAAAAAUGGACCCAUAUCCGAUGAUCGUGCUCGACGACUAUUUAAAGGAGUAUUUUUUGGUGUUGAUUAUAUGCAUCAAAAAUUCAUAGCACAUCGUGAUUUAAAAUUAGAGAAUAUCUUGAUCAAUAAAUAUGGACAGCCAAAAAUUUCCGAUUUUAGCCUAUCAGUCAUAUGGGAUGGUAGACGUUUAGUGACGGAUUGGUGUGGCACACCACCAUAUUUUUCACCAGAAAUUUUACAAGGAAUACCAUACAAUCCAUUAGCAUAUGAUAUUUGGAGCCUUGGUGUUUGUUUAUUCAUUAUGACCAACGAUACAUUGCCAUUUAUGUUUGUUGAUUAUCAAGAAAUGUUACAAAAACAGCUAAAUCGUGAUUGGAAAUUUCGUACACGUUAUGAACGCAAUAUAUCCGAUGAUCUUAAACAAUUGAUUCGUGCAAUGCUUGAUCCAGAUAAUAAUAAUCGUAUCAAAAUUACUGAUUUAAUACAAACACGUUGGUUUCGUGGUGGUGGUGGCGCCGUCAUUGAUACACGACAACAAAUUUGUUAUUAGAAAAAUUUGAAAAGAAAAUAAUAAUAAAAAUAAUAAAUACACUGAAAAAAA